GGGUGGAACUGUGAGCAGAGCAGAUUCAAACCAGAGGAACAUAAUCCACGGUUCCCUGGUUCUCUAAAGCAGCUAGAGGAGAGAAAUGGUCCAGAUGGCGUCACUGAAGCCUGUGUUCUGUCUGGGACUGUAUUUGUCGGUUUGGAUCAGCACCAAAGCAGAUUCAACAUCGCCCAAAGCUGAGAAUGUUCGUUGGGUGUCUCUGGACUUUAAAACCAUCCUCGUGUGGACCACUCCGCCAUCCAGCCACACCUACACUGUGCUUUAUAGUUGGAAUGAUAAUGACUGGCUUGAGAGUCCUGACUGCAUCCGGCUGUCAGAAUCAGAAUGUGACCUGACCAACAAGCUUGAAUCAUACGACAGGAGCGUCUCUGCUGACAUUAAAACAGAACCUGCAAGCAUGGACUAUGACUAUGACCAAGAUGAGUUGCCUCAUACGUAUUCUCCAACCUUCAACCCCUACAAAUACAGUAACAUCAGUGCUGUUGAAUUUACUGUGGCAGCUGUGGAUAAGAGCAGAGUGAGGGUCAACAUCACAGACCCUCUGACCAGUAUUCAUAAAAGUGGGAAGCAACUCAGCAUUAGAGACGUCUUCAGAAAUGACCUGAAGUACAAAAUCAGCUACUGGAAGUCUGGAAGUACAGGAAAGAGAGACACCAUAUCUGACUCCAGUAUAGCAGAGGUGCCAGAACUAGAUCCAGGAACCGGAUACUGCUUCAUGGUGGCAGCUUACAUCCCCUCCAGACCCAGAAGCAGCCAGUACGGAGCCUGGAGCAGACAGCAAUGCACAGACGGAGACUUAACAGCAGAGUUAAGCGUUGGAGCCUGGGUUGGUGUAGUCUUCAGCCUGCUCGCAGGCACAGUCAUCAUCAUUACAGUGAUCGUCGUCUGCUGCAAACAAAGAACCAAACACAGCCACACAUCAUCAUCACAACACAUUUAACAGGACACUGUCUACUAUCACUUAUCUGUUUGACUUUUUGUUAUUUUGUUGUUUGUUCCCAUUAUUUUUGCAUCAACUGUCCAUUUUCAAAUCAAUACAUACGCUAGUGUAAUUUGUUAUGUGUUUAAAUGUUGGCCCAUCAUCAUUUCGCUAAAGUCUCGCUUAAGAUUAAACAAUUAUAU